AUGGUGUGCUUACGAGCAGUGCUGGCGCUGGUGGGCCUGGCCGCGUUCCUGAGCGUGGGGCAGGCUGCGUCAUUGAAUGCAUGUCAGCUGAUGCCGACGUGUGCGUUGGCUGCUGCGUUGCCCGGCUGUGGCUGGUGCUGGCAAUCGACGCUGACCCGCGAUCAACAACACGGAGCGCGUCUGCAACAAGAGAAAGAAUGCAGCUCACACAAGUGCGUGUUUGGCCUCAGUGCUGGGAAUACGGCAGGCCCUACCGAUGGCUCUCCCUGCUCAGAUUGGACGUACGAGUACAUCGAGUGCAUGCAACAUGUCGAUUGCAAUGCUCUGCCUGACUGCCAGAAUAUCCUCGGCACCUACUGUGGCUGGUGCGAGGACACAAAAACCGGUAUGCGCGGCAACGCGUCAGGGCCGGAGCACGGACAGUGCUCUAAUUGGAUCUCCUCCAUCGACCAAUGUGCCAACAUCACUGGUCCGCAGCACGUGCAUCUCUCCUAUGCCCAGCAGGACACCAGCAUGAUGGUGACCUUUGCCUGCCGCACCAACACCACGGCCCUGGCCACAUACGCCUCUGCCAAUGACGCGGGCAGUGAGAGCCGUCAAGUGCCCGCUGUCGCGCAUGCCUUCAACGGCACUGGAAACCCUGAUGGCUUGCAAUAUAUUUAUCGAGCAGAGCUGGUUGGCUUGGAACGCGGCGCUUACUACAAGUACAGCGUGGCUUGUGAGGAGCAGAACUCUUCCACGUUUACUUUCCAAGCCAAGCCUCGCGACCCUUCGCCUGGCAAUGACUGGGAGGCCAAGUUUCUCGUUUGGGGAGAUAUGGGCCGGCAUGGUGGCAGUCAGGCCUUGGAUCGACUUACGCUGGAGGCUAGCGACGAUCAUCGCAAUGUAACAACGCUUAUCCAUUUUGGUGACUUUGCCUACGACUUGGAUGACAACGGCGGUAUCAAUGGGGAUACCUUCAUGACACGAAUCCAGCAGUUGGCCAGUCACAAGCCCUAUAUGACCUGCGUGGGCAACCAUGAAAUUGAAGAUGGUUCCUUUUCCAACUACCUCAACCGCUUCACCAUGCCUCGCUAUGAUGUCAACAACGGUUGGGACAUGCUGUGGCACUCAUGGGACGUGCAUCUGGUUCACUUUAUUAGCUACAGUACUGAGGUGUACUUCUCCAACAAGUUUGACAUUCAGCGGCAGUAUGACUGGCUGGAGGCAGACUUACAGGCGGCCAACGCCAACCGCACCUUGCGACCAUGGAUUAUUGCGUUUGGGCACCGCCCCAUGUACUGCAGCAACCUUGAUGGCGACGACUGUACCAAAAACAGCUCGGUGGUGCGGGCUGGCUUAGAGGACCUAUUUCACAAGUAUGGCGUUGACAUUGUGUUUGAGGCGCAUGAACACUCUUAUGAACGCCUCUGGCCGACAUACAACAACACGGUGACCCAAUUUGACUACAUCAACCCAAAGGCAGCAGUUCACCUUGUAUCGGGCGCAGCCGGCUGCAAUGAAGCCAACGGAGCUUGUCUCAACCCGAUCCUGACGGGACGCCUACCAUGGUCUGCGUUUCGGUCAUCGGCGCAAGGUACCUACAGCUUUGGUCACUUGAACAUUCACAACAGCACCCAUGCCUAUUUCGACAGCUAUGUUGUGGAAGAGGAGCGCGUUGAAGAUUUCAUCUGGAUCAUUCAGGAACACCAUGGGCUUCGCAACAUGACACUCUAG